AUGAUAGCUGCAGGAAAAUUUUCAAGUCUUCCAAGAAAUGGCCCAGUGAACCACCAGUUCUCAUUAGCUUCUUCCAUGGACCUUUUGACCACUAAACCAUCGCCAACUGAGCAUCGCUCGGACUCCUUUCAAGACAUCUCUAUCCAUGGCACUCUCCCCAGGAAGAAGAAGGGGACGAUUCCCAUUAGGUCUUGUGAUAUGUUUAGCCACAUGGGAACGUUGUCAUACACAAGAACACACCGGCAGCCGCCGCCUUUUGUACAGGAUGUUAUAGAAGAGUACCCUCUGCAAAAUGGGAAGAGCAACAAACUCCAUGACAGAGAUCAGAAUAUUCUGGAUCCUGCUUUGGAAUAUGUUAAGUUUUCUAGGGAGAGGCAAGUUACAGACAACAGCCCAGAAAAACUGAAGAAGGAGUUAGAGGAAGAACUGCAGCUAAGUAGUGAAGACCUGCGUAGCCAUGCCUGGUACCACGGACGUAUUCCUCGGCAGGUGGCAGAAGGCCUAGUUCAGAGAGAUGGAGAUUUUCUGAUUAGGGAUUCUCUCUCCAGUCCUGGGAACUUUGUUCUUACCUGUCAGUGGAAAAAUAGCUCUCAGCAUUUUAAAAUCAACAGAACAGUUCUAAGACUCAAUGAAGCCUACUGCCGUGUUCAAUAUCAGUUUGAACUUGAAAGUUUCGACAGUAUCCCCGGCUUAGUAAGAUACUAUGUUGGGAAUCGCACACCGAUAUCAAAGCAGAGCGGAGCAAUUAUUUUUCAGCCUAUCAACAGGACUGUGCCUCUCAGGUGUCUAGAAGAAAAGUAUGGUGUAACUCCAGUCCGACAAAAAGAGCCAAGUAUCCCUGAAAGAAAAACAGAAGCUGCAAAAAGGCUGAGUCUUGGUAUAUCCAGCAUGCAAUCCCCGGAGCAGAGCAUACCCAGAGGAAAUCUUUUGAGAAACAAAGAAAAAAGCGGUAGCCAGCCAGCUAGCUUGGAUCAUGUUCUGGAGAAAAGAUUCCCUCUAAAGGCUCACCAGUCAGAGAGCUAUCUGCUGAUAGGUUCAAGACACCCGUCUCGAUUACCUGAAGCAGAUGCAGACUCCUGCCCAAGCCCUCCUGCAUUUAGGACAGGCAGCGAACCUUCUCUAAGCCCCGCGGUUGUUCAGAAAGUCACCUCCGAGUCACAAGUAGGGGAAGCUCUUCGAGGGUCGGACAGUCAGCUCUGUCCGAAGCCUCCACCUAAACCCAGCAAAGCAGCCCUGAUGAAGCCCCCGGAUUCUCCUUUGGCUUCCCACGGUUCAGAAGGACACUACUGUGAACUAAGCCCUGCCAGAGAGCCUGCAGCCGCAAAACAACGUCUCUGCCCGAAAAACAGCUACGUGGAACAUCUGACCCAAAAGGAGAGGGGAGCGCACUCGUUCAGGAACUCUGGAACAAACUAUAUGAUCCUGGAAGAUGACACUACAGUGAACUCUGCAGAGCCUGUAGAAGCUUCAGCUGAGAUGGCUGAAGAAGGCAGCAUCUUUUCUGCACCUGUUUUUGAGACGGUGUCUAGUUUUAAACCGAAUGAUUUUGAAUCCAAACUACUUCCUCCUGAAAACAAGCCAUUGGAACGAUCAAUGUUAAGAAGAGUUAAGGAGCUUUUCACCAACAACAAUCCAAAGGUUAUUGCACAGCAUAUUCUUAGAAUGGACUGCAAGGUGGCGAGGAUACUAGAAGUUUCUGAAGAGAUGAGGAGGAUUAUGGGAGUGAACUCUGGUCUUGAACUGAUUACCUUGCCUUACGGACAUCAACUGCGCCUUGACCUAAUUGAAAGGCACAGUACCAUGGCGAUAGGAAUAGCUGUGGAUGUCUUGGGUUGCACAGAAAACCUGGAAGACAGAGCAGCAACGUUAAACAGGAUCAUCCAGGUCGCAGUGGAGCUGAAGGACUCUCUGGGGGAUUUGUACGCGUUUUCCGCCAUUAUGAAAGCACUGGAAAUGCCACAGGUCACCCGGUUAGAACAAACCUGGACCUCUCUAAGGCAUCGUUACACCCAGACUGCCAUUAUGUACGAAAAACAGCUGAAGCCGUUCAGCAAAGCUUUGCAUGAAGGACAGCAGGAGUGGAACAAGACCGCCGGUGCUCCACAGAACAACGUAACGGUGCCGCUGCUGAUGCCUCUCGUUACCUUGAUGGAACGCCAAGCUGUCGUAUUUGAAGGCAUGGACCUGUGGGAGAGCACUGACCAAAGCUGCGAAAUAAUGCUCAGGCACUUGGCCACAGCUCGUCAGAUAGCGCAGAACGCGGAAAUGUACAGCGCGACUGCGGAACGGAUGCUGCAAGGUUUCCAGCCAGACGAAGAGAUGAGCGAAAUCUUCAAGACAGAAUUUCAAAUGAGAUUGCUCUGGGGCAGCAAAGGAGCACAAGUUAAUCAAAAUGAAAGAUAUGAGAAAUUCAGCCAGAUUUUAACUGCACUUUCCCGAAAGCUGGAACCUCCUCCAGUGAAGCAGGCGGAACAAUUAAGUAUAUGAGACUGUAAACACUAUUGAAAUGAUACACUUGAAAUAACCUUAGCUUUCCUUUGGCAAUUUUGAUACUGCACAGACUUCUUGCGUUUCACAAGAUAUUUAGAACUUUUAACUGCACAAUGCACACUUGUUUUAAAACUACUGAUUUCCAAACAAAUUAUUUAUUUACUGUGUCACCAAGUCAUUUAAUGAUCCCUU